UAUACAUCCGGUGAAACAUCUGUUUCUGUCUGAUGGGACUGGCUCAGUGCGUAUCCUCCUAGGAACAUGGCCGAUGGUUAGUUAAUGCUGGUGCUUAACCCGAUGAAAGACUCAAAACUGUUUUGCUACAUGAGAAGGUACAAGAAAAAGGAGUUCAAACUUGGCAAGGUGGUUAGCUAGCUAGCUACGGUAGAUCGAGAGGGUGUUGCUUGCUGGAGAAAAGGAAAACAACAUGGCGGCAUUGGAGCUCGAAUGGAUCCCAGAGACGCUGUACAACACUGCUAUAUCAGCAGUGGUGGACAAUUACAGUCGAUCGCGAAGGGAUAUUCGUUGCAUCCCUGAGAAUAUUCAAUUUGAUGUGUAUUACAAGCUGUACCAGCAGGGUCGGCUGUGCCAGCUGGGGGGAGAGUUUUGUGAGCUGGAGGUGUUUGCCAAAGUUCUACGGGCAUCUGAUAAAAGACACCUCCUGCACCACUGCUUCCAGGCCCUGAUGGAUCAUGAUGUGAAAGUCGCCUCCGUCCUGGCCAACUCCUUCAGCCGCCGCUGCUCCUACAUUGCAGAGUCUGAUGCCCAUGUGAAAGUGAAGGCCAUUCACUUUGGCUUUGUUUUAGGUGGCUUUCUGUCUGACGCAGGCUGGUAUGGUGAUGCAGAGAAUGUGUUUCUGGCGUGUUUGCAGCUGUGCACACUGCAUGACGAGGUUCUGCACUGGUACCGUGCUGUGGAGUGCUGUGUCAGGUUGCUUCAUGUCCGGAAUGGCAACUGCAAGUACCAUCUUGGUGAAGAGACUGUCAAGUUGGCCCAGCUGUACAUGGACAAACUGGCCAAACAUGGUCAUCAGGCCAACAAAGCUGCACUCUAUGGAGAGCUGUGUGCUCUGCUCUUUGCUAAGAGCCUUUAUGAUGAGGCCUACAGGUGGUGCAUAGAGGCAAUGAAAGAGAUCACAGUGGGUUUGCCUGUUAAGGUCGUGGUAGAUGUCCUAAGGCAGGCUUCCAAGGCCUGUGUAGUAAAGAGGGAGUUCAGGAAGGCAGAGCAUCUGAUAAAGCAUGCUGUUUUCCUGGCACGUGAGCAUUUUGGACACAAGCAUCCCAAAUAUUCAGACACUCUCCUUGAUUAUGGGUUUUAUUUGCUGAAUGUGGAUAACAUCUGCCAAUCAGUUGCAAUAUACCAGACGGCUCUAGAUAUCCGGCAGUCGGUUUUCGGGGGAAAGAAUAUCCAUGUGGCCACAGCACACGAGGACCUGGCAUACUCCUCCUAUGUGCAUCUGUACAGCUCUGGCAAAUUUGACAAUGCACUGUGAGUAAUCGUUUUGUCACCAUUGAGACAAUGACUUAUCAAUGACCCAAGCCCACCUCAGCUAAUCCCUACCAUUGUGACGCAGAGUUGUCAUAAUGCUUCAGCAAAUGUACAUUACACCAGGGGCGUCAGUAGACACUAUAUAAGUAACCUAAUUGAUGUCCCUUUAACUGCCCUGAAUGCCUCUACUGAUCCUACAGCUAUUGCAUGCAGUAAUCAUGUGCCUUUGAACUAGAUUUAUACUGUUAGCAUUGAGCCGGUGAGCCCUAGGAGGAAGUCCACUGUGUGAAGCGCACCCUGCCCUAACACAAAGAACAUGAGCACAUCUACUGCUGCUAAGCUUCCCAAUAAAGCAAGCAAGCAUCCCAGAAGAAAAGUGCUCAAAAUAGCCCACGUUUACAUAUGUAGCUUAGAAAAAAAGGUUCAUGAAAUAAA